CCGCUUCACACAGUCCAAGUCUCUCAGCUUGGAAAGUGGCUAUGUAUGCAUGAGGCUGACUGCAUCUAUGGGGCCCCUUUGUAGAUUUAGUCCUAAAUUCUUUUCAGUUCUUUGAUUAAGAGAAGCUGGGAUGAACAACACAGGUAAGGACACUCUUUGAAAUAUAAUUUUUAAUCCUUGGAUUCUGUUCCUAGCUCUGCCACUGACCUGCCAUGUGAUUUUGGGCAAGUCACUUCCCCUCUCUCUGCCUCUGUUUCCCACCUUUUGUCUGCUUUGUCUGUUGAUCUGCUGAGGGCAGAGGCUGUCUCUCACUAUGUGUUUGUACAGCUCCUAGCACACUGGGGCAUUGAGUUCCAUUGCGGCCUCAAGGUGCGAUUGUAAUACAAAUAAUAAUAAUAUGAGCAGCUAGGGAGCGAAGCAGGAGAUCCAGUUUGAUUGACUUCUUGACUUCUCUGAUGUUUCAGGCUCCCUGGAGGAUGGACCCAAACUCAGUGAGGACUAAAGUCCCGGCCUUCUUAUCGGACUUGGGAAAAGCUACGCUCAGGGGAAUAAGGAAAUGUCCCCGCUGCGGCACUUACAACGGCACCCGAGGGCUGAGCUGCAAGAACAAAACCUGUGGGACGAUUUUUCGCUACGGCGCUCGGAAGCAGCCUGGCGUCGACGCCGUGAAGAUCAUCACGGGCUCGGAUCUGCAGAUCUACUCGGUACGGCAGAGAGACCGGGGGCCAGACUACCGGUGCUUUGUGGAGCUGGGGGUUUCAGAGACAACCAUCCAGACUGUGGAUGGAACUAUCAUCACGCAGCUCAGCUCCGGACGCUGCUAUGUCCCGUCGUGUUUGAAGGCAGCCACUCAAGGCGUGGUGGAAAACCAGUGCCAGCACAUCAAGCUGGCUGUGAACUGUCAGACCGAGGCCACCCCUUUAACCUUGAAAAGCUCCAUCUUAAACUCCAUGCAGGCCUCCCCCGAAACUAAGCAAACCAUCUGGCAGCUGGCAACGGAGCCCACCGGCCCCCUGGUUCAAAGGAUUACCAAGAAUAUUCUGGUAGUGAAGUGCAAGGCCAGUCAGAAGCACAGCUUGGGGUAUCUCCACGCUUCCUUUGCUCAGAAGAUGAGCAAUAAGAAUGUGCCAGAGCACAGGUUUCUCUGCUCGUGCCAGACUCUGAAAUCCAGCAAGGCCAGCUCUGCCAAGGAAGAGGCUGCCCAGAGAUGCAUUCACUUCUUCGCCUGCAUCUCUGCCUUUGCCAGCGACGAGACCCUGGCGCAGGAGUUCUCGGACUUCCUCAGUUACGAUUCCAGCGGUCUCAAAGGGAUCAGAGUGCCCCAGUUAGUUUGCCAUCCUGAAUCCACCGUGCAGGCUGGCGAGCCCACUGCUUCCAAGCCAAAAAAGAGGAAAAAAGAUGAAGCAUCUGGUACACAAGGAAAUAGUCCACUCCUGGCUCAAGAUCCAGCCAACUGCAAUCUGAAGAAAAGCGGACUGAAAAAGCCAGCUGUUGCGUCUUCACUAAAAAGGCAAGCCUGUAAUCAGCUGCUGGAUGAGUCACAGGUGACCUUGUCCUUCCAAGAAUGGCUGGCCAGUGUCACCGAACGCAUCCAUCAAACCAUGCAUUACCAAUUUGAUGGCAAACCAGAGCCACUGGUGUUCCAUAUACCACAGUCUUUCUUCGAUGCCCUGCAGCAGAGGAUUUCCAUAGGAAGCACAAAGAAACGGCUGCCUAAUUCCACUACAGCUUUUGUCCGGAAAGAUGCCCUUCCCUUGGGUACCUUUUCCAAAUACACCUGGCACAUUACCAACAUCCUGCAGGUCAAGCAAAUAUUUGACACUCCUGAGAUGCCCUUGGAAAUCACACGCAGCUUCAUCCAGAACCGGGAUGGGACCUAUGAGCUGUUUAAGUGCCCGAAGGUUGAAGUGGAGAGCAUCGCGGAGACAUACGGGCGCCUGGAGAAGCAGCCGAUUCUCCGGCCCUUGGAACUCAAAACCUUCCUCAAAGUUGGCAACACAUCACCUGAUCAGAAGGAACCGACCCCUUUCACUAUUGAGUGGAUCCCGGAUAUUUUACCCCAGUCCAAGAUUGGUGAGCUGAGGAUUAAGUUUGAAUAUGGCCAUCACAGGAAUGGACAUACCACUGAAUACCAGGAGCAACGCCCUUCACUAGAACAGACCCUGGAGCUGACGCCUCUAACCACCAUCACCUUUCCUUGACCUAACACCCAGCCCCUCUCCCCACUAAGUUUGCACAGCCCUGCUCCGUGGUCUCCGUGCUCCGGCCCGGGGCACUAUUAGCAUUGAACUUGUACGGGGUUCCAUAGUGAACUGCUCUGUAAAGCUGAUGUUUUCUGAUUUCUAAAUAGCCACCGGACCUACACUAGAAGAAAGAAACCUCACCUGCUCUAUAAAUAGCAUACUUUGCUGCUGCUUCACAUGUAGUCUUCACAACACACCUCUGCAUUCCCAGUCACCAGGACGCAUUCAAACCUUUGGGUUGUAGUUCCUUUCUAUCGCUUCCCCCUGGAAAACAGACUUAUCUACAGCUCACAGAUGGGAGAAGACAAUAUAUUACAAAGGGAGCUAGAUCCUUGUAUUACUACAUGAACCAUCAUGGCAUAGUCUGAUUUUAUGCCAUAUGUUAAAAUAUUUUUUUUAA